AUGCCUUAUAGACCGACUCUCUGCCCCACCUCAUCUUCUUCAUUCACGGCUAUCCUCGCCGUUUCUCCGGGUUUCAAGACAGAGCUCAAGUACCUAUUAAUAAUACACUUAUAG